CCUCCAUCUCAUACUACAAAACCCUCCCUUCGUCCUAGCCACGAUGGCUCGCAUAAAGCAGAAGGGAAAAUCUGGCGCGGCCAAGGCGUAUGUCACCCGCUCAGCGGCGAUCAAGAAGUUGCAAUGUUCCCUGGCCGACUUUCGACGGUUAUGCAUCCUGAAGGGUAUCUUUCCUCGGGAGCCCCGGCAUCGUAAACGUGCCAACAAAGGAUCCUCUGCGCCAACAUCUUUCUAUUACGCCAAGGACAUUGCGUACCUCGCCCACGAACCCGUCUUGAGGAAGCUUCGCGAGCACAAAGCGUUCGCAAAACGACUAUCAAGAGCUCUUGGGCGUGGCGAGUGGAGCAGCGCGAAGAGCCUCGAGGAGAACAAGCCGGUGUACCGCCUGGAUCACAUCAUCAAGGAACGGUACCCCACGUUCGUAGAUGCAGUCCGGGACAUCGAUGAUGCGCUCUGCAUGGCCUUCCUCUUCGCUUCUCUGCCUUCGGACGGACGUAUACAACCGUCGCUCAUCGAAAACUGCGCCAGGCUGGCUGCGGAGUGGCAGCUGUACGUGAUUCACACGCGAGCGUUGCGCAAGACGUUCUUGUCCAUCAAGGGCAUAUAUUACCAAGCGGAGGUGGAAGGGCAGACGGUGACAUGGCUCGUGCCGUAUCAGUUCACUCAGACGAUACCGCCUGACGUCGAUGCCCGGGUCAUGUUGACCUUCCUCGAGCUGUACCAGACCCUGCUCGGUUUCGUGUUCUUCAAGCUGUACACGGAUGCUGGCCUCGUGUACCCGCCGCCCUUGGACCUCAAGAAGGACGAGGGUGCGGCGGGCGUCGGCGCGUUCUCUCUCCAGGACGCCAAGAGCGCGAGUGCGGCGGCGUUCAAAAAGACGAAAGAGGUCGAGGUCGACGGCAAGAAAAUCACCUCCAAGGACGUACGGCAAACGAUCAAAAGCAUCGCCACGUCCGCCCACGCCGGCGACGACGACGUUGGCGCGCCAGAGCCGGAAAGGGUGACGGUGUCGAACGACGCCGACGAAGACUUUGUACCCCAGCCCUCCAAGACCGAGAUCGCCCAGGGCGCCGAGCUUCCGACCCUCCAACAGAUCUCCACCCUCCCCUCAUCCGCGCCCAUCAACCUCUUCGCGCCGUACACGUUCUGGCUCUCGCGCGAGACGCCGAGAUCGAUAUUCGAGUUCAUCGUGCGCUCGUUCGGGGGACGGAUCGGCUGGCCGGCGUCGUCCGGCACGGGGUCGCCGUUCGAGGAGGAGGACGAGAGCAUCACGCACGUUAUCAUCGACCGGCCGGUGGCGGAGAAGGCGAGGGAGCACGAGACGGAGGAGGCGAGGGAGAGGAGGCGGAGGAGGAAGUACGUGCAGCCGCAGUGGGUCGUGGACUGCGUCAACGCCGGGAAGCUGCUGUCGGAGGAGCCGUAUCUGCAGGGGAAGACGCUGCCGCCGCACUUGAGCCCGUUCGGCGCGCCCGUCGGGGCGUACGAUCCGUUGGCGGCGGCUGGGGAAGGGGAGGACGUUGAGAUGUCGGAUGGUGAGGAGAGCGAGGAGGAGGCUGAGGUUGAGGAAGCUGAGGAAGAGGCGGAAGAGGAGUCGCCCCGGACAAUCGUCAGGCAGGCUGCUGCUGCCGCUGCCGACGAUCCCGCUGCGCUGCGUGCGGCGGAGCUGGCGGCGGAGGCGGCGGGAGUCGAUUACGGCACGUUCGAGAAGGAAGUCAGCAAGGCGCAGAAGAAGGCCAAGGGGCAGAAAUCCGAUGCGCCGGCGGAGGAGGGCGAGCAGAACAUGAACAAGAUGCUGAUGAGCAACAAGCAGCGCAAGCUGUACGAGCGCAUGAAGUACGGCGAAAAGAAGCGCGCGAACGAGCGGGCCGUGCUGGAGCAAAAGCGGAAGAACCUGGCGAAGGACAAGAAACGGCAAUCGAAAAGCAGUUCGUGAACCCUCGCGAGCGCCCAUCUCCGCGCCUUUGGCUGGGAUGGCCUCCCUUCUGGCACCGGCGACGUGCUUUGGACGGAGAUAUCGACUCUAUCGGCGGUUUGAUGCUGCCAGGGCAGGUCGCCACGCGGUCCUUCUGUUGAUCUGGGUCUGGACCGCGGGUCUAUUUGCGUACCAGGUCACUUUAGGGUGUGUGCUGUAUCGUUCCUUGCUUGUAAGGUUUUCUGCGCGCAAUGUCAGAGUUCAGGC